AAAGAGCGCUCCAUAAAAGACAAGUCGGGAGAAAAAAGUUUUCAAACUGAAAUAACUGUUUUGCCAAAAUAUUCAAGUAAAACAUCAAAGGACUACUCAAAAGAGCACUUUAACUACAACAUAUCUUUCGGCAGCCUACACAGAGCCAUGGUGAGACAGAGCAUCCCCAUGUCCCAUGACAACUCUCGCCGGCCUCCUCUGAGGUGCAAGACCUUCACGGGCAUGCGGCAGCACCAGCUGAUCCUGCAGACGUUGGCCAAGCUACAGCAGAGCGGCUUCUACUGGGGGGCCAUCAACGGGCGCGAGGCCCAGGCCCUUCUGGAGGGCCAGGCCGUGGGGGCCUUCCUCCUGCGGGACAGCUCCGACGCGCACCACUUCUUCACGCUCAGCGUGCGGACGCAGCGUGGCACCAAGAACCUGCGUGUGCAAUGCGACUCGGCUAGCUUCUGGCUGGAGUCGGACCCCCACAGCCAGACGCAGCCGCGCUUCGACUGCAUCCUGAAGAUGGUCCAGCACUACAUGCCCCCACACGGGGACGCCCAGGCGCCAGUGCCACCCUCCUGCUACAUCUGCUGCUCGGACGCGGGCAAGGUGCCCCUCCUGCUCCGGCGGCCCCUGACCUGCGGCCUCACCUCGCUCAAGCACCUGUGCCGCAAGACGGUCAACGGGCACCAGGGCGCCUGCACGGAGCGCCAGCAGCUACCUCUCACCAUCCAGGAGUUCCUGGGGGAGUAUGACGCUUCCAUCUAACGGACUACAGAACUAAACCAAAAUACAAACAACUAUGGACACACACAUGUCCAAGACCAAUGGACAUAUUCUGCACUGCCUGACCAGAGGUCUGAGGUAGACAGCACUGCCAAGCCAUGCCACACCACAAGCCUGGUCAUUCCUUCCUCCAGCACCUCAAACAUGGAGGACAUAACCAAAGACAACCAGGGCCAGAACCAGAGAGAUUUCUGGGAAAAUUUGUGGUGAAUGCCUCCCUUGCCUUACUUGCUGUGGUUGCCAGUUACCAUGACACCAGGAUUAAGGUUGCUGGGAAACCCAGUUCCGCACUUCCCAGUAAAUGUUUGUGUGUGUUCCAGUGAAGCCUUGGUACUUACCCGCAGACAUGCAUGCCUGCUGGGAAAGAAUUACUGUCUCACACACAAGUAAGGGGAAGCAUGAGUAAGACAGUGGUACAUGCCUGAGGGCGUUAUGGGUGGUGUAAACAUGCACAGAACAAUGAAAUAUAGGGGUGUGUUUGUGUCUACGCACAUAGAGACAUAAACUCAUCGUGAAGCUGUGAAGUCAAGAACAAGGGAACAAAAGAAGAAAGAAGUGCCGAGUGGACUGGAAGACAGACAAUCUCUGAUCUUUAACUGUCAGUGGAUUAUCCAUAACAAAUGUUCGACGAAGCAGCACCUGCACCUGCGACCAGAGAUGUUCAAAUGACAUACCAUAUGAUAUGGUCAAAAGAUUUACCCCAUGAAAUGUGUUUAGACGGGCAAUUCCCUAGGAAUUAGCCUAGCCUAGUCUAAUAUGUCAGUAUACUGUGUAUAACGUCAUCUUUGUAACAAUGCAGACAGUUGAAUGUAUUUUCUGAAGAGACUCACCUACUGUUGUAAGUGUAUCUCUUUGACUUCUGAUGUUUACAUUUUAGAGAAUGUUUUUUUAUUUCUCUAUUUGAAAAUCCAGCCUCUGUUUAUUUCAAAGAAGAGACUGUGGUGAUACGUCAUCUGACUAAAAGCCUUUGCACUUGAAUUAUUUAUGAAGCAGUUGAGUAAUUUAUAUUAAAAAAGAGCACUAUUUUCAUAUCAACACUGUUGUCUGUCUGUGUUAUCAGUUGCCUGGGACGUUCAUAUGAAAUUCUCAGGAAGUUUCCCCUCACGCUCUGCUGUUCUGUGUAAUGGCACUUCCUCCUCUCUUAGCAAACCAGAGUUGCAUAAGUCAAAUGAAGUCAGCUGAAAUGAUUUCUAUCGUGUGUGCGCGCGCACACAGAUAUAGCACAGUCACACACGCAUGCAGUACCUACGUACGUACAUGCCAAUUUCCAAACGUUCACCGCACCCUUUAAUUACUGAUUCUAAAGGUUGCAAACGUGUGUAAGCCUGUUUGCCUUGGGCCUAAAUCCCCACACAUACAGUACAAUACAUGCACUGGCAGAAGUAGAGACAGAGAGAGAGACUGGAUGGCCUGGCUUCCCUUUGUUAAUACUUUACAUCAUGACCUAUAUAUUGAUCAACUAAAAACCCACACUGAAAACCCCAUAUGGUUUGGGGAACCUAAAGGGGUAACUGGGGCAACUGAGGGUAUUUAAGGAACUGAAUCAUUUUUACAGUACAUAGCCUGCAGUAUAUUAUACCCACAAAAGUUAUGUUUUUUCAGUAGGCCUAU